GUUUUCUAUACAUGUCUAUGACUUGUCUUACCCUCGCUCCUCUGUUCGAUUUUAAAUAUGUCCCAUAUAUAAAGCUUGCCAGAGGUACGAAGAAACGUAGCGAAUUGAAUUUGUAACGCAAAUGAGUAGUCGGGACGAGGGGAAUCAUUGUACUCUUCUGAAAGGGAAACUAUCAGGGCAAGUAAACCAUGCUGACUGCUGCCAAAGGCACAAGGCUUUCCUUAAGACUCUUCAGAAGUAUCUGUGACAGAGUGUCGGAUCAUUUACAUUUGUUGGGUCCUGCGGAAUUAAGGUUGCUCAUUAGAAAUGAGGAUUCCAGAAUAACCACCACAUCUGGAUUAGCCAAUGGAUACCAGCAGGCAAAUGUUGUCAUCUUGCCCAAACAUCUGGCCAAUGAUUUUGAAGUGUUUUGUCGCAGCAAUCCUGCACCUUUGCCACUCCUCUACUGCAGCCAACCGGGAGAGACCUCAUGCCCACUUCUGGCAAAAGAUGCUGACAUCAGAACAGACAUCUCACAGUACCGAGUGUAUCAGGAUGGUGUUCUCGUAAAAAGUGUCUCCAGCCUGCAGAACUACAGUGAUUCACUCAGGACUAUAUCGCAGAAGCAGUCUGUGCCUUCUGACGAGUGGUCAGACAUGGUUUGUUUCUAUCUGGGCUGCAGCUUUGGUUUUGAGGGCAGCCUGAAGAAAGCUGGAGUUGUUGUCAGGAAUGUGGAGCAAGGCAGAAAUGUCAGCAUGUACAAGACUGCUGUUCCCUGUAUUCGAGCUGGUGUUUUCAGUUGCCCUCUUGUGGUGUCGAUGCGUCCGGUUCCAUCUACCAUGCUGGAUGCAGCAGUCCAGGUCACUCACCUUAACCCACAAGCACAUGGAGCCCCAGUGCACAUAGGGGAUGCAGCUUUCCUUGGCAUACAGGACCUGUCCAGACCAGACUAUGGGGAUCAAGUUGAGCUGCAGUCUGGGGAUGUUCCAGUCUUUUGGGCCUGUGGAGUAACUGCCAUAGAGGCAAUCGUCAGCAGCAAGCCAUCUUUGGCAUUCAGUCACUCACCAGGCUGCAUGUUCUUGACUGAUGUGCAAGACUCCUCCCUCGUCUUUCAUACCCCUGACAGCAAGAAAUCUCAAGCCACAAGCGUCACUCCGGAGCUGACCCCCCUCUGCUUCCAGAUAUCCCAAAAUCCGUUGUUAUACAGUCUGGCAUCACAGAGGGCUGUUGCAAAGAUCAGGCAGCUGGAUGCAAUCAUAGGAGAAGAUCCAGGUCUACGGGGGAUCAAAGCAUUGUUUAUUCAAGAUGAACUUCUACGCUCGUGCCUCGCACUCUCUCACUCGUCAUCUGUUGCCAUAACGACAGGUUUCCCCACACACUACAUGCACAGCCCUCCUGAUGAGACUGAUGGCCCACCCGGAGCUAUUGCCAUGGCAACCAUGAUGCUUGCCCUUGGCAAGCAAGUUACAAUGAUAACAGACAGGAGAGCCUUGUUAAUGAACCAGGCCAUCAUUGAUGAAGCUGUGAGGACAGGUGUCCUGAAAUCAACAAUUCCACUGGUCAUCUUCGAAGAAAGUGUUCCAAACUCUGCACUUCACUUUUUGUGUCACCAUGGAGACCCGACUAAGCCAAGGUAUGACCACUUAGUGGCAAUAGAGCGUAGUGGACGAGCUGAGGAUGGAAACUACUACAACAUGAGGGGAGUAAACAUCAAACAUCUGGUAGAUCCAAUUGACGACCUAUUUCUUGCUGCAAAGAACAUUCCAGGAAUUACCACUACAGGCAUUGGUGAUGGUGGAAAUGAGUUGGGGAUGGGUAAAGUGAAGGAGAAAGUCAAGAAAUUGAUGCCAAAGGGGGAUCUGAUAGCAUGUGACGUGCCUGCUGACUACGCCAUCACUGCAGGGGUUUCUAACUGGGGAGGGUACGCUGUAGCCUGUGGCCUCUACCUGCUCAACACCUGCCCCGCCCACCAGCGAUACCGAAAGAAAGGCCUGGGGGUUGAUCACCAAACCCCCACAGAGCUACAAGACUGGACUGCUAAUCUGCCAUCUGUGGACAAGGAGGAGUCAAUCUUGUCAACUCUCGUGCGUUUUGGCAUUCGAAGUGGGAAAACUGCGCAUCUGGCCAUGGAGGUGGAUGGCUUGACCUUUCAUCCUACACAUUCUGACAUCAUCACCAGACUACUAGAGGUCACUCUUGGUUCAGCCAAAUAGACAACUCAUGCCAACAGUAGAAUGGUGACGUUCAACAGAGUGAAGACCUCCUAAAAUCUGAAGAGUCCGUCUCCUACAUAUAUCUAUUUUAUCUUUAAGAAUCAUGCUUUGUUCACUGAGAAAUUUAAGAAAAUAUUUAGCCUAACUCAUAGCCCUUUAUUUUCUUGGAUCAAAUUGUAAUCAGUAAGUUAGGACGACUGGAAAUGUACUAAAAUGUUUGUGUAUGAUGCGAUUCUGUUUAAUGCAUAAUCUGAUUCAUGAAAGGAUUAACAUACAUUUUAGUUUGGGUAUAUGACAAAUUAAAUAAUUGAAUCUCUUGUUGUACACUGGAUAACAGUAGGAAUAUAUUCUCUGAUGUUUUAUCCCUCCAUAGACACCAAUGUACGACUGCUAGCUGUAAUUUAUUCAACCACAAUAAAUCAUGUUAAAUGAA